AUGUCCAGUCAUUGUGAGGCUCGCCCCGAGCCUGUCGCCAUUGUGGGAAGUGCAUGCCGCUUCCCUGGUGAUGCAAUAUCUCCCGCGAAGCUCUGGGAACUACUCGAGCGACCUCGAGAUGUCCUCACUGAAAUUCCUGAUAGCCGCUUCAACUCGAAAGCCUUCUACCAUCCCGACGGUACCCAUCAUGGCACAACCAAUGUGCGCCAUUCCUAUGUGUUAUCAGAUGAUCAUCGGUUGUUCGACGCGCAGUUCUUUGGAACCAAGCCGAUUGAGGCCAACUCCAUCGAUCCACAACAACGCCUGCUACUAGAGACCGUAUACGAAUGCCUAGAAUCAGCGGGUAUACCUAUGGAGAAGCUUCAAGGGUCUAAUACUGGUGUAUAUGUUGGACUUAUGACCAACGACUAUGCGGAUCUGCUGGGGAGGGACGUCCAAAACCUCCCAACAUACUUCGCGUCAGGGACGGCGAGAAGUAUCCUUUCCAAUCGGGUGUCUUAUUUCUUCGACUGGCAUGGGCCUUCCAUGACUAUCGACACAGCCUGUUCAUCCAGUCUCGUCGCACUUCACCAAGCCGUCACGAGUUUACGAAAUGGCGAAAGUAAUGUGGCUGUAGCAGCAGGAACGAACCUUUUACUUGGCCCGGAACAGUAUAUUGCUGAGAGCAAGCUCAAGAUGCUCUCGCCAACCGGUCGCUCACGGAUGUGGGACAAAGAUGCAGACGGAUACGCUCGAGGUGAUGGAAUAGCAGCCGUUGUGCUGAAAACUCUCAGUGCCGCGCUUAAUGACGGCGAUUAUAUCGAGUGCAUUGUCCGCGAAACUGGUAUCAAUCAAGAUGGACGUACAAAGGGGAUUACCAUGCCCAAUCCCAUUGCACAGGCAAACCUUAUUCAUGAAACCUAUGCGAGAGCAGGACUUGAUUUGUCAAAGCUUAGCGACAGACCCCAGUAUUUUGAAGCACAUGGAACAGGAACGCCGGCUGGAGACCCAGUUGAAGCGCAAGCAAUCAGCACGGCAUUCUAUGGCCCCAAAGCCCACUACCGUCGUACAGAUGCUUCUGAGGCACCGCUUUAUGUCGGAUCAAUCAAAACGGUCAUUGGACAUACCGAGGGUACUGCUGGACUAGCCGCAGUAAUGAAGGCUUCUUUGGCGCUACAGCAUGGCAUUAUCCCCCCGAAUCUUCUUUUGAAUGAACUCAAUCCGGCUGUACGACCGUUCUAUGACGACCUCGAGAUAUUGCACAGGGCGAGGGAAUGGCCCAAUCUCCCAGAAGGGACUCCGCGACGGGCCAGUGUCAAUAGCUUUGGCUUUGGUGGCGCUAAUGCGCACGCGAUCUUGGAAUCCUUCGAGCAGAGUGCCACACAACUCGGUGCAUCUGAUUCGUCUACUGCUAUCUUCACCCCUUUCAACUUCUCUGCGAACUCUGAAAGGUCUCUCCUUGCGAGUCUUGAAUCGUAUGCUUCCUAUUUGAAAACUCACCCCGAUGUGGACCUCCACAGUCUAUCAUGGACGUUGAACUGUCGCCGGUCUACAUUGCCCUUCAGGCUGUCAUUGGUUGGCUCAAGCGCAACCGAUCUUGCUGCCAACCUGAACAGUGCUGUAUUAUUGCCGUCAGAUAUUCUAUCAGCUAGCCAAACUUCGAGUGCUAGGCAGCCGAAGUUGCUCGGUAUCUUUACAGGACAGGGUGCGCAAUGGGCUCGGAUGGGAGCCGAGCUCCUACUAAGCUCGUCCUUGGCCACCAAUUGCGUCGCAGAUCUUGAAUUUGCUCUCCAGACGCUUCCUGAAGAAGACCGUCCUUCUUGGUCUCUGAAAGAUGAAAUUUUGAAAGACACACAAAGCUCUCGCAUUGGGGAAGCUCUAUUUUCGCAGACUCUCAGUACAGCCGUCCAGGUGAUUCUCGUUCAACUGUUGCGCGCUGCUGGCGUUGAAUUCACCGCUGUUGUUGGCCACUCAUCUGGAGAGAUUGCUGCAGCGUAUGCGGCAGGGUGCAUCUCCGCACGUGAUGCUAUCAGGAUUGCCUACUACCGCGGAUGGUCUCUGCAAAAUGCCCGGGAUUGUAACGGAGUCAAAGGUGCUAUGAUGGCCGUGGGCACCUCGCUCCAGGAUGCCCAGGAACUCUGUGAUAUGCCGUCACUGGAGGGUCGAAUUUGUGUUGCGGCGAGCAAUUCAUCGGCAAGUGUCACACUUUCUGGCGACGCUGAUGCUAUCAACGAAGCAAAGGACAUAUUCGAGGACGAGAAGAAGUUUGUUCGACUACUCAAGGUUGAUAAAGCGUAUCACUCUCAUCAUAUGCUUCCUUGUGCUGCCCCCUACAUCUACGCUAUGCAGAGAUGUGCCAUCACCCUUCAACCCCGGUCUGACAACAAAACUGCCUGGAUAUCUAGUGUCUACGGCAAGGAAAUCAAUGAUGUGAAUGACAGUCUUACGGAUACCUACUGGAGCAAUAAUAUGAUCAAUCCUGUCAUGUUCUCACAAGCUGUCAGCCAUGCUGUCGCUGCAUUUGGUCCCUUUGAUAUGGCCGUCGAAGUUGGUCCCCACCCUGCCUUGAAAGGACCGGCAUCGCAAACCAUCCAAGAAAUCUCCGGAAUGUCUCCACCGUAUACAGGCACUUUGUCUCGUGGCAAAGGUGACAGGAAGUCUUUUGCAUCUUCUCUUGGCACGUUGUGGGCCCAUCUUGGAGAAAACGCUGUUGAUUUUGCAGGGUUUGAUAAAAAGGCAUCAGGAGAUAACCAAGAGCCAGUACUACUCAAAGGACUGCCUUCAUAUUCAUGGGAUCAUGACCGUGUCUAUUGGCACGAGUCUCGCAUAUCGUCGACCCUGCGAGCUGGAAGUGGGCAGUUUCAUUCUCUGCUGGGAAUGAAAUGCCCGGAUGGCACUGACAAGGAGCUCCGGUGGCGCAAUUAUCUUCACCCACGCGAGAUUCCUUGGCUCUCUCAUCACCAGGUACAGGGCCAGAUUGUCUUCCCUGCUGCAGGGUACAUCUCAGCUGCGACCGAGUGCUUGGUUCAACAUUACGGGUUGGAAUCUAUUCAACUCAUCGAUUUCCAGGAUAUCAUCAUUGGACAGGCUUUGGUCCCGGAGGACAAUUCUGGCGUCGAGGUUCUCUUUACCCUCACGGUUAUGGAAGCCACACAGGAUUACGUCCCAGCGUUGUACAGCUGCUAUUCUACAGGGAGCAAGGGGGUCUCAUCUAUGCUAUUGCAUGCAUCCGCGCAAAUUCACAUUCUGUUAGGAGACCCUGAUCCCGAAGCCCUUCCCCCGCGCAAUGAUUGUCAACACUCCUUUCUACAUGUUGACGAGGAGCGGUUCUAUGACUUUGUAUCCGAGCUUGGAUUUGGCUACACUGGCCCCUUCCGUGCUCUCACUGGAUUGACACGCAAGAUGGAUGAAGCCACUGGCCGGAUUAUUGUACCUGUCGAUGAUGGGUCCUAUAGACCUUUGGUCAUACACCCUGGCCCCUUGGAUGCUGCUAUUCAGUCAAUCAUGCUGGCUUAUUCCUUCCCUGGUGAUGGGCGCCUAGGCACUAUUUACCUUCCGACCAAGAUUGACCGGAUCCGCAUCAAUCCGUCUUGUUGUGUGGGUAUGGCUGGACCUGGCACGCGUCUUCCGUUUUACGCAUCUGUCGCGGAUGCUCGAUUUGCAGAGCUUUCCGGUGAUGUUGAUAUAUACUCUGCGGAUGGAAAGCACACAGUGGUCCAACUUCAAGGACUUCACACGACGCCUCUGCCACCACUUUCUUCUGCAACAGAUGUGCCAAUGUUUACUGAGAUGACUUGGCUUCCCGAGGAGCCAAAUGGGCAUACCGGCCGAGAUUGGUUUACCGAAGAUUGCAUCCAUUCGUUGCAUUUGGAGCGGAUUGCCCACUUUUACCUAAAGAACCUUCACUUGUCCAUGUCUGACCCAGAGCGGUCACGGGCCCAAUCGCAGAAUUCUCAUCUCCUUGCUUAUGCUAGUCACUGUACUGCCCUUGUCAAGUCUGGAGAUCACCCAUUCGCAAAGCAGGAAUGGGCAAAUGACACGCAUCAAACGAUAUCAGAGAUAUUCCAAAGAUUGCCUCAAAAAAUUGACAGCGAGAUCAUGAGCUCUGUCGGUCAAAGCCUUCCGGCGAUUGUGCGUGGAGAGACCAGCAUUCUUGACAUUCUGAUGCAGGAGAACAUGUUGAGUCGGUUCUAUGCUGGGACACUUGGGAUCAAGUCUUACUUGGAUGAAAUGGGCCGCAUUGCCGGUCAAAUUGGCAAUAGAUUUCCCCACAUCAAUGUUCUAGAAAUCGGUGCCGGCGCUGGCGAAGCAACCGAGCCUAUUCUCCGUGAACUCGACGCAGACUUUGCGUCUUAUACCUGCACUGACUUCUUGGAUAGCUGGCUGGAUAGUGCCAAGGAGAAAUUUCAGUCGUACCAGGCUAAGAUGGCAUUCAAAGUCUUAGACAUAGAAAAGGAUGUUGUCGAACAAGGAUACGGAGAGGGGUCUUAUGACCUGAUUGUUGCGUCUCUCGCCUUGUACGCUACUGAGAACCUUCCACGCACUUUAUCCAACAUCCGACGUCUCCUGAAGCCAGGUGGAUAUUUGCUCACACUUGAAAUCACGGAUCCAAAUUUGAUGCGUCUGGGAGUCAUCCUGGCAGGCCUCCCUGGGUGGUGGUUAGGACAUCAAGAAGGAAGAACCCUUUCACCUUUUGUAUCUCACCAAAAGUGGAAUGCUAUCAUGAAAGAGGCCAGCUUCUCCGGCAUCGAUGCCUCAAUAUCCCACGACACAGAUCAAUUAGUGCCAUUUUCGGUGAUGUUGACACAGGCAGUCGACAAUCGUGUCAAAUUCUUGCGGGGCCCUCUUGGGACGGGUCAUCCAAGGCUAGAUGUCGAAUCCCUGACUAUCAUCGGCGGGAAAACUCCACACACCUCUACAAUGGUGACAGACAUCAAGAAUGCGGUUGGUUGGCAUUUUGAAAUGAUUAGGUGUUAUCCUGGGCUCGCGGAUAUUGGCCCCGAGGAACUUCCAUUCAUGGGUACGGUCCUUAGUUUGACAGAGCUUGAUUCGCCCGCAUUGCUCAACACGGACCCUAAAAUCUUGAAGGGCUUUCAAGAAAUUUUCAGACAUAGCAAGAAUGUACUCUGGGUUGGACAUGGUGCCUUGGGCGAAAAUCCAGCGGGUAAUCUAUUCCGCGGCGUUCAACGGACCAUUGCCAUCGAAAUGCGUCAUUUGCGCAUCCAAUCCCUCAAUUUCUCGUCAAUUGCUGAUGCCGAUCCUGGAUUGAUUGGAAAGAAGCUCCUCCAACUCGUCGCCACUGACCUCUGGGAACAAAGAGGCGAGCUAGCGGGGAUGCUUUGGUAUACGGAACCCGAGCUGUCCUUCCAAGAUGGGAAGAUGCUCAUCCCCAGGCUCCGGUUGAGCUCUCAUCGAAACGACAGAUACAAUUCGUCCAAAAGGCUUAUUGUUGACACCUUUGAUGGUAAUUCCUCUGCGGUGACAAUCUCGAAGGCUGAGAAUUAUCAAGUUCUAGAGACAAAGACGUUUACCCCUCCACUCAUCAGCGAGCGAAUCGAAGUGCAUGUAACCAAUUGUCUUCUGCGUUCUGUCAUGAUAACCAAGACAGACUACCUCUUUCUGAUCGCCGGGAAAGAAGUUCAUGACAAUCGUUACGUGAUCGCUUUGGCGGAACAUUUGACCUCUCGUGUGCAUGUGCCCCCAUCAUGGAUAAUAACGUGGGGAGACUCAGUGGAUCAAGCCGUCAAGUCAUUACUCAGUAUUUAUGUUCAUGUUCUGGCUCAGUCAAUACUGAAUCGGAUGAUUCCAGGAACGGCGUUGGCUGUUUUGGAGCCGGACUUUUCCUUCGCCGCAGCUUUGAAGCACCAUGCUCAUAAGGCAGGUGUACAACUUGCCUUCUUCACCACAACUAGUCGUCCAUGCUCCUAUCCUUGGAUUCACGUACAUCGCCACUCAACACGUCGAGAAUUAUCUAACAAGAUUCCACGAAACAUAACUCGGCUAUUAAACCUUGGUGGCGACGGUGAGGUGGUGCUUCUAUUGAAGCGCGUAUUACCAGCCGAGUGCAAAUUCGAAAAUGAACAGGACCUGACUCGAGAUUUCUCAGAAAUAUCUUCUUCUCUCAAUGUGAAUCAAUUUGUUUCACAAAUGCAGAUGACUUGGACGAGAGAAACCCAGGACCACGUCCCUAUCAAUAUCAACAGGUUGUCUCGUCUGAGUCUGCGGAACCUGAUUGAGACGCAAGGGGAUAUUCCCCAGUCAUUGAUUACCUGGGAUCAAUCAAGGCUCCCGGCUCAAGUCAGGCCUGCCACAAAAGUGGUUCAAUUCCCUAAGAACAAAACGUAUUGGUUGGUAGGUUUGACCGGUGGCCUGGGUCUCUCCCUGUGUCAAUGGAUGGCCAACCAGGGAGCGCAACACAUUGCACUUUCUAGUCGGAACCCCAAAGUAGAUGAGACCUGGAUACUCCGAAUGGCCGCCCAGGGCUGCACUGUAAGGGUUUUUGCAAAUGACAUCACACAUCGUGCUUCCGUUCAAAGCACUCACCGUCAAAUUGUUGAAUCCAUGCCUCCCAUUGGUGGUGUUGCGCAGGGAGCCAUGGUCCUGCAAGAUACAAUGCUCCUCGAUCUUGAUCUUGCCCGUUUCAAUGCUGCGCUUCAGCCCAAGGUUCAGGGCAGUCUUCUGCUGGACGAGCUUUUCUCGGAAGACUCCUUGGAUUUCAUGAUUUUCUUCUCAUCUAUGGCUGCUUUGACUGGAAACCCCGGGCAGGCAGCUUACAAUGCCGCGAAUAUGUUUAUGGGCAGCUUAGCAGCUCAUCGUAAAAAUCGUGGCUUAGCUGGCCAUGCCAUCAACAUUGGGGCCAUUGUGGGUAACGGGUAUGUGACCAGAGAACUUAACAUGGGACAACAAUCCUAUCUCUACAAAGUCGGUCACAACUGGAUGUCAGAACAAGGUUUCCAUGAGAUAUUCGCGGAGGGGGUUCUUGCAUGCAUGGAGCGGACUGAGACGGCCGAUAUCUGCAGUGGUCUUCGCAUUGACGACGAUGAUUCCAAGGAGUGGGUCUCCAAUCCCAUAUUCCAACACCUUGUGUUCAAAUCAAAUUCCCCGAUCGAGGACGACAAGAAGGGCAAAGCCAGCAUCCUAGUCAAGGCUCGCUUGUUGGAGGCAACGUCCAACGUUGAAGUGAUGGAGGCUUUGCAAGAUGCUUUCACCCUAAAACUUCAAUCAGCCCUUCAACUCGAUCCCGGCAAACCCAUUCUCGACAUGAGUCCAGAUGAGCUUGGCGUUGAUUCACUCAAUGCGGUUGACUUCCGCUCUUACUUCAUGAAGGAGCUUGGUAUUGACGUACCUGUUUUGAAGAUUUUCAAUGCUGGCUCGAUCCGAGAUCUACUUUCAUUCGUCGCAAGUUGCCUUCCCUCGUCUUUGGUGCCAAAUCUGACAGAGAGCGACCUGGGCAAGUCCCUACAGUGGCAGUCGCCCGGCCAUUCAACAAUUCCUGACGGUCCGUCAACUCUUCCAAGCACAUUGAGUGACACCGAGUCGCAGGAAAAUGAUGAGAUCAAUGCAUUUCACUUGGAGUACAUCCCGUCUGUGAAUCGUGCAAGCAGCACCUCAUCCGCAUCAAUUGUGGCAGGAGACUCUAGUUCUGAUCAGGACGAGGACAGCUCUUCGCUGACCUCCCUUGAUAGUGAUUCAAAAAUGCCGGAGAAGCAGAGAAUUGAGCGAACAGUUCCAAUGUCAUUUGGACAAUCCCGGUUCUGGUUCCUCAAGUCCCUCGUCCAAAAUCAGAGUGCCUUCAAUGUUACUCCAACUUUUGAGCUAAAGGGUGGAAUUAAUGUUGAAAGGUUGUCACAUGCGGUCGAACUUGUUGGGCAGCGCCAUGAGGCGCUUCGGACUUUCUUCUUCACCGAUGAAAACAAGCGACAUAUGCAAGGGAUUUGGACGAAGUCAUCUCUACGCCUAUAUCAUGCCUUUGUUACCGACAAGGUCGAGGUCGAUGCAGCCAAGCACCGAAUGAAAUCACACAUCUUCAAUCUCGCCGAGGGUGAGGUUAUGCGCGUACAACUGCUUACCUGGACACCUGAUCAUCAUUGGAUAUUAUUUGGCUUCCAUCAUAUCAACAUGGACGGUUUCAGCUUUGAGAAUCUGUGGUUGGAGCUCGACGAGUCUUAUCGGGGCAUUUCAAGCUCACAUCAUGCAUUACAAUAUCCCGAUUUCACAACAAGACAACUACGCGAGUAUGAAGAAGGCGCCUGGUUGGAGGAUCUGGAAUACUGGAAAAGCGAAUUUGCAAUUCUCCCAGAGCCAAUUCCAUUACUUCCAUUUUCUCUUCAGCCAGCGCGUCCAGCAAUCUCAAGCUAUGCUACUUAUCGCGCGCAGCUCCGCCUGGGAAUAGAGCUUUCAAAUGAAGUUGAGAAUUGCUGUCGAAUGUUCAAAGUCACACCGUUCCAUUUCCAUCUUGCCAUGUGGCAGAUCCUUAUGCAUCGCCACCUCAAUAUUCAAAGUGUUUGCAUCGGGCUUGCUGAUGGCAAUCGUGCUGAUGUCGAUAUCCUACGAAGUGUGGGCAUGUUCCUCAAUCUUCUUCCGAUGCGGUUCUCACUAGACUCUUCUCAAUCAUUCGGAGAUGCUCUCAAAGAGGCGAAGCGUGUCGCGCAAGAAGCCCUCUCCCAUUCUCGUGUUCCAUUCGAUGUCAUCCUCUCGGAGCUCAAUGUUCCCCGGUCGGCGUCACACAGCCCGCUGUUCCAGGCAUUUUACAACUACCGUCCACGAACGGAAACCUCCCGCCACUUUUGUGGCUGUCAGGCGGAGGGAACACUUCUUACAACAGGAGAGACAUCCAACGAUCUCCAGUUGGAUGUGGUUAAUUUUUCAAAUGGAGACACACUCAUCCAUCUUCUCGUUCAGCAAGAUCUUUAUAGUCUCGAGCACGCUGAGAUUCUUCUUCGCAGCUAUGAAAAUCUUGUCCAAGCGUUCACCCGGAAUCCCGCAACCAAAGUUUCAUGGCCGCCCUUGUUAUCGGAGACAGAUAUCGAACAUGCGAUCACAACUGGCAGAGGAUCGGAAGUACAAACCCCAUGGUCAUCCACCUUGGUUCAUCGCAUCGAUGAUAUGGUAGAGCUCUUUCCGACUCACGUUGCCGUGAGAGAACUCAAUGGAACACAACUUACUUAUGCACAACUACAAGAGCGAGUAGCGAAAAUUUCCAACACGCUUCUUGACAGAGGUGUUAGCCCUGGUACCCGCGUUGGUGUCUUCCAGACGGCUAGCAUCAAUUGGAUUUGCUCGUUGCUCGCUAUCUGGCGUAUUGGCGCUGUAUAUCUUCCACUAGAUGGAAAAGUUGGGAUAGAGAGAUUGUCCCUGAUGGUUUCUGAAUCAAAGCCUGCUGUCAUUUUGACAAACUCGACAACCGCCUCGGACUUUAUUCUACUUGGCAGCUCAGCAACAGCGCUCAAUAUCAGCGACCUAGCUACAUCAUCUGAAACCCUUCCUCCUAACCUAGCGUCACCCAGUCACACUGCAAUCAUCAUCUAUACCAGUGGCUCGACUGGUGUACCAAAAGGAAUUUCCCUGACUCAUUCGUCGCAUCUGCACCAAAUACAAGCAUCAAGUCAAACUUUGAAAUUUCCACUAGGCAAGGAAACCGUCCUCCAUCAGUCUUCCUAUGCAUGGGACAUGUCUAUCUAUCAGAUUCUGAUAUCUCUUUGCAACGCCGCAACACUCAUGGUUGCUCCGAAUGUGACGCGUGGUGACCCUGUCGCGAUCACAGAUCUCAUUGAGUCCGAAAAAGUGACCACAGUACUUGCAACACCAACGGAAUACCUCGCAUGGCUACGACACGGUAAAUCGUCGCUACAACGGUCUUCACUCGCUCUCGCAAUCUCUGGGGGCGAACCUUUGACAACUGGUCUUUCGAAGGAAUUCCAAUCUCUCGGCAAAACGGAUUUGAGGCUUAUCAAUAUCUACGGCCCUGCAGAAGUGACGAUUGCUUGCAGUAUGGAAGAAAUUGCGUAUAUGGAACUCAGCUCGGACUCCCUUGAUCCUUGCCUCGGGCUGUCUACUCUCCCAAACUACUCUGUCUGUAUCGUUGAUGAGCACAUGCAACCACUUCCGAUUGGCAUACCAGGAGAAGUACUCAUUGGAGGAGCCGGUAUCGCGGAAGGAUAUCUUGAUCCCACCCUGACAAAGGACAGCUUUCUACCUGAUCGAUACCGAAGUCCCUACUUCAAGAGUCAGGGAUGGACAACAGUUCAUCGAACAGGGGACCGAGGACGCCUCACCCAAAAUGGCCGUCUAAUCCUAUUAGGCCGCAUCAAGGGCGACAACCAAAUCAAGCUUGGUGGGAUUCGCAUCAACGUUGAAGAAAUUGAGGCCACCAUUAUGCAGUGCUCUGCAGGCGCUAUCUCACAGGUCAUCGUCUCCCUUCGUGGAGGGUCCGAGCAUCACCAGGGCGGGUCGUUCCUUGUCGCCUUUGUCAUUCUCGCCAAUAUUGAGACUACUAAAGCUGAUUCUCGCUUAUUGAGAGAAUUACCGGCAAGCUUGCCGCUACCUCAGUAUAUGCAACCGGCAAUGGUUGUUCCGAUAGCCGCUUUCCCACAAAAUACCUCUGGCAAGGUUGACAGGCUUGCUGUCAGCAAGAUUCCCAUUUCACAGCCCGUUCCCCCAAUGCUCGCCAAUGGAGAUCUCACGCCAAUAGAGCAAUCUUUGCGAACUCUGUGGCAAGAAGUCAUCCCACAAGACAUCCUCAGGUUGCACUCCAUUGACUCACAAUCUGAUUUCUUCCACGUUGGUGGUAGCUCGCUUUCCCUGGUCGACCUUCAAGCUCAUGUCAAAGAUCGAUUUGGUGUCUCCGUGCCCUUGCAUCAGCUGUUCGAAGCGAGCACUCUACAAGGCAUGGCAUUCCGCAUCCGAAAUAUCUCGUCUGAGCAGUAUACCUUGUCGGUGGAUUGGGAUGAAGAGCUUGAAGGUCUGCUUGCCGAUGUUUCAAUCAUUUCGCAUGCCGAGAUGCCAGACGCACCUUCUGGGACUGGCGCCGUGGUCCUUACAGGUGCAACCGGCUUCAUUGGCAAAGAAAUCCUCCGUUGGCUCGUGAACGACGACCGAGUCCAUGUUAUCUACUGUCUAGCAGUCAGAAAACCACUAGCUAAAUUACCCGUCAUUUUCGCCAAUCGCAAGGUUCACGUGUAUCACGGAGACUUGGGCUCGUCUCAGUUGGGCUUGUCAGAUAGUGACGCAUCUUCAAUCUUUCAAUCAGCAGACAUUGUGAUUCACAAUGGGGCAGACGUCUCUUUCAUGAAGAGCUAUCAUUCACUAAAAUUGACGAAUGUCGCUUCAACGGUGGAACUAGUCCAACUUGCUUUGCCGCGGCGGAUUCCGUUCCACUUCAUCUCCACUGCCAGUGUGACUCGAUUCGCCUCCGCGGAUUCCUUUGGAGAAGUUUCCGUGGCUUCUUUCCCCCCUCCUGCUAUCCCGCAGGACGGGUAUGCAACGGGCAAGUGGGUGUGUGAGGUGUUCUUGGAGCGUGUUUGUCAAGCAUGGGGCCUGCCAGUGUGGAUUCAUCGUCCUUCAAGUGUGACGGGCUCUGAUGCUCCAGAGCUAGAUCUCAUGAGCAACGUGCUUCGCUACUGUCAGGCUACUAAGAAGAUCCCAGCUUCUGAGGCAUGGAGUGGUGUAUUUGAUUUCAUCUCGGUGGAGUCGGCAGCAGCGCAAAUCAUAGAAACUCUGCAUGCAUCUGGUGCUGCGCCUACCACGGGCGAAGGAGCGAGGUUUCUCUACCAGUCUGGUGAGAUCCAAGUCGGUCAACACGAUGUACAAUCGAUGAUGGAGGCCGGUGCUGGAGAGCAAUUUGAAACUGUCCCUCUGAUGGAGUGGGUUGACGCUGCUGAGGCAGCGGGUAUGAAUGCUCUUCUAGGAGAGUACCUGCGCCAGGCUGCGGAUGGCCAGAUCCUUCUUCCAAGGCUGCUCAAAGUUGGUGGAGAUGAUCCCAAGGCUGAGGCUAGAUAA